CGCGCGACCGCCGCUGCCGCCGCCACCGAAGCCCGUCGACGACGACGACGACGACGACGCGCCGCCGCCCCCGGCGACCCGCGCCCUGGCCCCGGACCUCCUGCGCGGCCUGCUCAUGGCGUUCAUGGCCAUGGACCACAACGUCCUCGCCCUCAACGCGUGGCCGCACAGCACCGGCGCCGACGGCUCCGAGUCGGACGCGACCCCCGUCGGCCGCUGGAACCGCCCCGUCGGCUACGCCGUCCGCACCCUCUCGCACCUGUGCGCGCCGGGCUUCGCCUUCCUGCUCGGCAUGGGCGUCGUCUACUUUGGCCGCUCGCGCGCCCGCCUGGGCUGGCCGCCCGCGCGCAUGGCCCGCCACUUCGCCGUGCGGGCCGUCGUGCUGACGGCCGUCUCGUGCGCCAUGGGCCUCGCCAUGACGCUGGGCCGGCUGUGGCUCCUGAACAUGGUCCUCGUGGCGCUGGCCGUGGACUACCUCCUCGUCGGCCUCCUGUGGCUCGCCGUCGCCGAGACGGAGCCGGCGCUGGCUUCGGUGCUCGACCGCUUCGUCCUCGUCGGCUGCGCGCGCGCGCGCGGCCGCGAGAGGACGCCUCUCCUGGUGCACACCGGCCACCGCUCCGCCUGCGGGGCCAAGGCCUCGGCCCCCGCCCUGUCGCUGUCGUGGCACGCGCACAACGCGCUCCUCCUCGCGCUCGCCUUCGUCACCAUCUGGUGGAACGUCUGGCUCUCCCCGACCCACGGCGCCUGCGCGGCGUCGGCCCCGUCCCCCUCCCCCUCCUCCACGGCCAACGACUUCUGGCGCUUCUGGUUCUACCGGGUCGAAUCCCCGCACGUCAUGUCCGGCUUCCCGCCCCUCGCCUGGCUCUCCUUCGCCGUCCUCGGCCUCCUCUACGGCCGCGUCGUGCUCGCCCGGCCCCUGCGCCCCGCGGUCCUCGCCGCCGGCAACGCCGCCGCCGGCCUCGUCUUCGCCGGCCUCUUCGUCCUCACCCGCGUCCUGCGCGUCGGCAACCUCUCCGAGGGCUGCCUGCGGACCCCCGACCAGGCCGCCCUCCCCCGCGGCGGCAACCCGUAUCUCGCCUCCGCCGCCUCCUUCUUCUACGUCGUAAAGUACCCGCCCGACGUCGCCUUCUUCGCCUACACCCUGGCGGCGACCUUCUUCCUGCUCGCCGCCCUCGGCGCGGUCCCGCCGCGCUUCGCGACGCGCCGGCUCGGCGUCCUGCUGGUGUUCGGCACGUCCGCGCUCUUCUUCUACGUCGCGCACCUCGUCGUCGUCUUCGUCCUGGCCAUGCUCGUGACGGUCCCGCUCUUCGGGCGCGAGACCGGGCGGCCCGCGCCGAUGGAAGGCGGGUCGACCAGGGGCGUCGACAGCGUCUCGGUCUACUGGGCGAACUGGGCGGUGGUCAUGGCCGUCAUGUACCCGUUGUGCAAGUGGUACAGUGCGUUCAAGAGGACGAGGAGUGCGGAUUCGGUGUGGAGGUUCUUUUAGGGUUGCUGGUCGCAUAUAUGUCGUGAUGGACGGCUUAGCUGACGCCAUUUCAAACGCCCCAUCAGCAUGUCGGCCUUAACAAGCUGCAUUUUUUAUUUUUAUUAUUAAUUUUUAUUUUAUUCUUUUUGUAAAAGAGAUCAAGUCAAAAUGGCCAGCUUAUUAGAUGUUACUCAUUGGCUGGAAUCUAUGUAUCCUUAUAAUCCAUAAUAUUUCCACCAUUCGCUCGGUCCAGUCAUUGAUAAAGGAAACGCUGUGUGUGUGUGUGUGUGUGUAUGUGUGUAGUGAGACUAUUCAAUCUGGGUAUGUUCGAGGGGAGACACCCGCCUCCUCCUUACGGCCG